GUGUUCCUGGGGGAGCAGAGCGUCGGGAAGACGUCUCUGAUCACGCGGUUCAUGUAUGACAGCUUCGACAACACGUACCAGGCAACCAUUGGGAUUGACUUCUUGUCAAAGACCAUGUACUUGGAGGAUCGUACGGUGCGACUGCAGCUCUGGGACACAGCCGGCCAGGAGAGGUUCCGCAGCCUGAUCCCCAGCUACAUCCGGGACUCCACGGUGGCCGUGGUGGUGUACGACAUCACAAAUCUCAACUCCUUCCAGCAGACCUCUAAGUGGAUCGAUGAUGUCAGGACAGAGAGGGGCAGCGAUGUCAUUAUCAUGCUGGUGGGCAACAAGACGGACCUGGCCGACAAGAGGCAGAUAACCAUUGAGGAGGGCGAGCAGCGCGCCAAAGAACUGAGCGUCAUGUUCAUCGAGACCAGCGCGAAGACUGGCUACAACGUGAAGCAGCUCUUCCGACGUGUGGCCUCUGCUCUGCCUGGAAUGGAGAAUGUCCAGGAGAAAAGCAAAGAAGGGAUGAUCGACAUCAAGCUGGACAAACCCCAGGAGCCCCCGGCCAGCGAGGGCGGCUGCUCCUGCUAAUGCAGCCUGACCGCCGGCUUCCUCUGACACUACUCGCUUGUUGUGUUGCUUCCUAUUGGUUAGCUUCCUAAGGGGGGUGGGAAAUGAGCUUAUCCAGAUGGGAGGAUUUUUCUUUUCUCUCUGUCUCUAGGAGUCGGGUGGGGUGGGGCGGGAGGCUGGGCAUCAGGGGUCACGUCACUCUUAACAGCCGUUACUUAAACAACUAUUUUUUGGUUUGGUUGUAAUAUAUUGUACUUUAUUAAGAUUGCCAAAAACUGUUAAAAUUAAAAAAAAUUUAAAUCAUGUGUAUACAACUUUUUGCCAGAUAAAAAUGUAGUCAUUUUUAUUUGAAAGAUGUGCUUUUUUUGUUUUUGUAUAUUUGUAAACUUACAGAGAACCUUUUCCACGCACCUCCUCCUUCCCGUCCUCUUUGAAGGGUUCAUCCCCUCUGCCCUCCUCCUGCCCCCAGCCCAAUAGAUUAAAACAAUUAAUCUGGGCAAUUUAAUUCGGCUCCAGUCCUGGGCUGUCUGGCCCAGACCAACACAAACAGGCCCCACCUGGUUAAAUCAAACGCUGAUUGAACGAAACAGCCUCUGAAGAGGCAGCUCUGCCCCUGUCCUUUCGUGGCCAGGGUAGGGACAUCAGCCACGGCCCCAAGCUGAAAUUAAGGCCUUGUGGACUGCAGGGAGUCCAGCCACAGGCCCACUGGAAUUACUUCUGCCUCUUUGUCUUCUCCAUGAAAAGCCUUGAAGGGGUGGAGGGCACUUGCCACAGGCAGCCGUCUGUGCUCUGUGGUCUGCCCAGUGAUUGGCAGAAGAAGAGGCCAUGGGACGGAUGGGGUGCUGUUGACCACUGUGGGCUGGGGCAAUGUGUGGUUUAUAGAAUUGGGGCACCAUGUGUAGUUCUGAAAAUGUUUUAACCAACCCGUCCAGCCGUCAGCACACAUGUCUAGGUUGAAGCUAAGGGAAGGGCAAAAGGAAACUCGGCGUCUGCCCCCCUGAAGCCCUCCUCCUUGGAUGCCAGGGAGGCUGGAGCCUACAUCACGCAGUGUUGGUCCACCUGUGAUUAGAGAAGGGAGGGUUGUCUGCAGAGCUGCCGCCUGGAGGGUGCAUGUUCACUGAUGCUUGGUUGUUGACACUGUUGAGUGCUGUUCUGGAAAAGUUGACCUCUUGACGUGUUUCCGCCACAUUGGCCCAGUGUAGUUGAAAUCUGUGUGCACAGAGCUUUGCAGACAUUGUACCGGUACUCUGGUUGCCCGAGGGUAGGGCGGAGGCAGGGUCUCCAGCAGCCUGCCCAGGGAGAGCCUCCUUGCCAUUUUUGAUUCAUUUCUGAGAAGGGCUUAGUCCUGAAGACCUACCUGUAAAACUUCUGAAGAGAACUUUCUCUUCCACUAAGUGAUGUAGCCCUCCUGGCCAGCAUUCCAAAUAGAUCCAGCCUCACCAACCCUGAGCCUGCAUGAAACCAGGCAGUGGGCAGCAACUCUGGCCCAAAACAGUAAACCCCGCCCUCCAAGCCAGCACUGACUCUUCUCCAGGCUGCUGUUUGGCUUGUCACAGAUGAGCUAAAUGACCAUCUGGGGUGUGGUAGGGGGUAAAUUCCUCCAUAAAACAGGGCUCCAAUAAGUUACUGCAACGCAUUUGGAACUUCUCAGAAACUAAUCCAAAAUGGCAGCCAGUUAGCGCAGCAGAACCUGGCAGAGCUCACUGACAUUUGGCCAGGGGGCCUGCCACACACUCAGCCCAGGAGACUGUAUGUCAGAACUGAUCUUUAGAGAGGAAUUUAUCUUCAGGAGAAGAAAAGAGGAAGCAGGGUUUCCACUGAGCUCCUCUUCCAGAAGGCAAAGACCGAUGUACGACCGUAAUUCCAAUGUCACGUGUUUAGUUUUUAUAUGUGUGUACAUAAUUAUGUAUAGAGAUAGACUUGUGUAUACACCUGCCACACACAUUCUCACAGAGAUACAUGUGCUCAAUGUAUAUUCUUGUUUUUCCUGCUCUCAAGUUGGAAUUUGCAUUGUGAUAACCGUUUUGGAAAUCAAAAGUACUGCAACGUGUUGAAAUAAGAAAUACUUAAUAUUGUCCCAAAACUUGUGAUUGUCUUGCCAUCAAUAAAAUAACGCAUAGACGUGUUAACUACAGGCAAAAAUAGCCCCACGGGAAUAUGCACAUCAUUUCCCUAUGUAUUUAUAUGCACAGGUGUGCGUGCCCACGUGGGCCAGUACCCCCUCCAUGGCACACCCCUAAGUGGUGCUUGUUGGAAGAGCGUUUACUUACCUUGUGAGAAUUCACAGGGGUCCAGGUGACAGCACCCGGCUUGGCUGGCAGUGAGGCCCAUUGCUUGUGGCCCCUGGGAGAGCCCCAUGUGUAGGGAUCUCAUUCGGUCUCAAUGAAUGAAUGGAUGGUGGAUUUUAUUUUCUUGGUACUAAACAGUGCUUUUUCUUAAAACAUCCUUGUAAAAAAGGUAGAAACUCAGCCCCCUUCUCAGGUGCACACAUAUCCAAGGCACCGUGAACGUUUUUUUCCAUCACAGCCUUGAGGAACUGUAAGAGACGCUGUAGAUACCACAUGGCUCCAUGUGGCCUCCGGGAGCCCUUCUUUCCCAGCAUGUACACAAAAUCCUACCUUUUGAGCCCAGGCGCUCCCUCUGAAGGUGAGGGUGGGUUGCCUCCUCCCAUCCUCCCAUCUUGGUUCCCUGGGCCCUGUUUCCUCAGGCCUGAUCUAUACCCCUCGUUCCUGGGUGUGUCGGGGCAGCUGGAGCUCUGGCAUAGAAGGGCGUUGGGUCGUUGGCUCCUGUUUUAGGCUGGUGUCAUCACUGUCCUCUUGCUUGUAGGUAGGAUCUUGACUCAGAGUUUAGGUUCAAUAGUGAAAUGAUCACAUUUCCUUGUAGAAAAUGUCAUGAAAGUCCUCAGCAUCCCUGGUGAGAGUACCCCAUCAUUGCCGUAUCCAGGUGGGCUAGCGAGAGGCAAAGGGCAGGAAGCCUUUUAGGAGUGAUCUCAGUUUACCAGUGGUUUGGUCCCCUUCCGCAUAGAGCAGCCCUGACCUGGAAGUUGAGCAGAGUCAUCUUCUGUAGCCCUCUUUUUUCUUUGAGGAAUCUCAAAGAAAAGUCGUCAAGAAAGCUCCUGUUGUGUGGGCAUCUGAAAAAUCAUGCAUACGAUGGGGAAAGCAGGAAAUGUAUCUGUGAAUGCACACACACGCCGGAGUGAAAGCGGGACGCCAGCAUCCUGAGUGCUGGAACUGCGGCUGUGUGGUCCGAGGUUAGCAAGUGUGGUGACUUGGUCAUUGGCCUCCCUGACAUCACUGUCGCCACUCUCUUCCUGUCAGCAUCCUCAAACGAUAAUGUCCCAGGUCCGAGGAGCAAUGGCCAGAUGGGUUCAAGUAUCUCAGGCAACAAACAGAAAUGGUGGUAGCUAAGGGUGCAGACACGUCUUGAAUGCGACAUCUCUGUCCUCCCAGGGGCUGGCCAGUGCUGGGAGCCCCUGCCCUCAGGUACCAGGUGUGACAAUAAUGGCACCGCUGGCUUCGGUGUCCUGUAGGCAGAGCAGCCUCAUUCCUUCACAUGGUGGAAGGCAGGUGAGGGUGUCAGGAUGUGAGAAUAGGUAGCCGAGGGCUGUGAGUCAUGUCUGAGCCAUGAGGGGCAGCUGAGCAGAAGCGUGUCUUCAUCAACCAAGCAAGGUUGUGUGUUCACUGGUUUCCUAACUACCUCUCCCCAGGAAUGUGAGGCAUUGUCACCUGGCUACAGCAGAGUGAGGCGGGGGGCUCGUAACCCUUCCUAUGCCAGACGGAGAAGGGUGACUUCCUUAUCAUCACCCAGCAAGGCAGCCGGUGGUCAGAAGAAAGGUGUUUCCAUAUUUCAUCCAUCACCAACCUGUGUGUACAAACGUGAUGUACACUGGCACCCAGAGCGCUGCUGGGCACGCGUGCUCCUCAGACCAUCCCUACUCUGGUCCAGACGUAAGAGUCUGUCCGGCGCAUCUGAGUGAGCCAGGAAAGAAUCCAUGUACAUUUCAGGCUCCUCCAUUGCAAAGAAGGGCCAGUCCCCAAGUCCACUCUGAUUGUCAGACCAGGGCAUCCUUUGAAUAUGUUGUUUGAAAUGAACUACUUCAGUGUUCUAAAACCUUGGGCUUUCAGUGUAUAAACUCCCUGGACGCCAGACCCCCGUGCGGCUGACACUCCCGGCAGGGUGUGGUUUAUCCUUGCAAUGGGGUCUGGAUGCUUCCUUCCGCUGGGAAGCCUCCAUACAUUGACGGCCAGCCUGUAUCACGUGGUGUGUGUCACCUUUCCCCGCACCUGUCCCCAUAAAAGUGAUUGGCCAUGAGAAGCCCAGAGGGUGGUAUUUCCAUCUCUCCCUGGCUCAGCAGGCUUAAAUGGCCACAUUGACUUUACAUAAAACUGUGUAAAAUGUGGAAGACUCAGCAUGUUGAUCAAACAAUAAACUGUCCUGAUUCUCAACACAAA